AUGCUACACGACAUACUUUUAGCUUUGUCUGGACACAGCGGCGAUAUAAUCGUAAAAUGUGUCGAGCCCUUUGUAGGUUUUGCUGUAAGUAGUGAAUUUUCACUCGCAUAUUCCGAAGUUGAUAUUAUCAAUUCUAUCGUAAAAACGGGAUGGCAAUACAAGUGCAUUAAGCGUUUUUGCAGAAGGGUUAAGCGUAGUGAAUAUUUUCUGCUAGUAAAGAAUCUGUUUGCAUCCGACAAUUCCGAAGAAUCUCUCGAUGCGAAUCCAUCUACACAUAUCGUACCGAGUAAAAAGAUAGGUUACUAUGGAUACUAUAUUAAUGCGAUGUGUACUGGUAUAGAAAAGUACCUGGAAGAGUAUUUGGAUCAUCUGAUAUCUAUUGAGAAUACACUAAUAUCCGAUCCCACAUUGCCUCUUUCCACAUUUUCCAUACUUAUGUGUAAUCAAAAAGAGAUAAUAAAUACAUUAACAAAAAUAAUAACGGAUUAUGAAGUUCUCAUGAAUGUUAGAAAUCCAAAUAUUUCUCCUGAGGAUUUGAUACAUUCCACAGAAAUUUGGGAUACUCUUGUAGAUAAAUCUACCAAUGAUAUUGCAGAAAACGUCUAUAGAAAUAUAACUUUGUGUUGUAUGGAAGCAUUUAAAAUGCAGUUGAAAGCAUGGAUAUGCUAUGGUCAGUUGUUGGAUCCUCAUGGAGAGUUUAUUAUUUCCAAAAGGAAGAUUAUGUAUGGCAAAGGUUUAGAUACAGAUAUAUCCAUGUAUGAGAGUUUUUACAAUGAUACUAGUUCGGAGGGUUGUGAAUUUGAAUGGGAUUUUAGAUUCUAUAUAAAAUUGCCAAAGGGAUGCAAUUGGGGUGUGUGCAGCUAUGAAAGUGCAAAAACCAUUCUUUUUAUAGGAAAGGCAGUUAGAAUGUUGAUUAGAAAGUAUCACAAUGAAAAUGAUUUAGAAAUGUCAGCUUCCAGUUUGCUUUUUGACGAUUGGAACGAGGCCUGCACUAAUAUAUACAGUUUUUCGUCUGCUAUAGAUAGAUAUCGAGAACAUGUUUCGAGCAUGUUUUGGACAUAUAUUAAUGAGAGUUACAACUUUGAGGAUAUGUUAAACCUUUUUAGAAAUGUAUACCUUAUGGGUCAUGAUGCCCUCUUUUCUGACUUUUUAAAGAGAGGAUGGAACUGCAUGUUAAAAGAGUAUACAUUUGAGAAUUUUAACAAGUUAAAGACUUUAGGUUGGAAAUAUGCCUCAUAUCUGAUAAACACUGAUUCAUUUUACAACUAUAACACAUUACAGAGGGAUAUUGGAACAAUGCUAUCUGAAGGUCUGUAUAGAGGAGAUACAAUGUAUUCGUCCGUAGCUAGUACUUUGUUGAAAGAUGAAUUAGAAUGCCAUGGACCUUCCAUUAAAAAUAUGAGUACGCUUAAAUUUCGAGCAGAAAGUGAUAUAUCACGUGAUAUAAUGCGUUUGGCUACUAGCAUAACAGCAUGUAGUGACAUGCAGGAAAUAGUUCCCGAAUCCCCUUGCAUUUAUUCACAGUUUGAUCUAUGUCAUUAUGUCAAUCAUUUUGACUUAAAGUCUUCACAAUUUAUUGAUUAUGGCUCCGUCAGAAGACGUGCAGAUGGAUGCUUUCUUAUCUGUUCAUACAGUACUCUCCCAGCUCCGAGUGGCAUUUGGCUCGAGGAAAUAAUAUAUAUUUCCAAUGGGUUUGAAACUAAUAUAACUGUAAAUGUCGAUGAUAUUCAUGAAGAAUUGACAUUUUCCAUAAUUUUGCAGUCAAAAGUCGAUCCAAAGGUGUUGAGAGAUUCUUUCUUGUAUUGCAAACAACAGCCUAAAAUCGAUGAUUGCCUUUCAAUAACCUUCACAGUAUCUCCUUUUGAAUUCUUAAAUGUUAAGAGAGCAAAGAUACAUGGAGAAAUAUCCCUUGGUUAUAGGGGAAUUGAAAAUACCUGGGGGAAGGAGAUCCUUACGAAUAUUUCAGACACGGUUCAAAUUAGUAGUGCUGACAUGACACUUCCCAUCCUUUUUGGUACACUUUGUCUUCCUAUUUCCAUAAAAUUUUUAAAACGCCGACUUUCAGUAAAGAUUUUGCAUGAAGAGAAUGAAAUGAACUUUUACGCAGGUGCAUUGGAUACUACCCAAAUGCUAACACUAGAUUCUGGAAAUGCAUUCAUAGGAUUAUUGAGUGAUCUGAAAGGGGCAUCUAUAAGAAUAGUAGAGUGGUAUUUUUACGGAGCACUGGCAAAGUAUGACAUGCUUCCAUAUUAUGAAACUACAUCCUUCAUAAACACCAGUGCAGAUCUAUCAAGAUUUCACGAUUUUUCAAGGGUUGGACUCAAUGAAUGGAUGUAUAUAGGGUUUUCUUACAAAUAUAAGUGGCCAUUUUCUGUGUUUAUUACCUUAAAUCGCUACAACAGUCUGUUCCAGUACCUUUUAUUAAUUAGACGUUGUGUUUAUGGACUUGAGGAUUUAUGCCUCAUAAACACUAGUAUGCGACUAUUAGCAUCGGAUAAAGAUCCAGAACGGAUGGAUUCUUUGAGGCUUUUGCGCAAGUUAUGCUUGAUGAGGGCAAGAUUUCAUAUCCAUAUAAAAAAAAUAAUGAUAAAUUUACACCAAGAUAUCAUAGAUGUUUCUCACAGGAAGCUUCAUUUCUAUAUUGAGAGUAACAGCGACUUUCAAAAAAUAAAGAAAGCUCAUGAGGAUCACCUGGAUCACAUUGCACGGUUCGUUUUGAAGCUUUUGAUAUUUUCCUGCAGCAACUGUUUUAUAAAAUCUGAACAAGCUGUGAAAUCCCUAUUACAGUGCAUAGAUAUUUGCUUCAAGUUCACAGCGUUAUACCAAGACAUCACUGCGGAUUUGGAAUCACUGAGUACCAAGCGCAUUGGAACAACUUCUCAACUACUGGACACAUGCGGGUAG